AUGUCUAACAAUUGGACUGCUAAAACAGAAUGCUUGAACUCGAGCACUAGGUCUAAUGGCAGCUGUAAUACAGAAAACAUCUCUGUCACCUCGUCUGUCAUAAGCAUGACAGUAGGGAUCAUCUCCAAUACUAUGGCUCUCUUCAUCCUUCUCAAAUCCUACCAGCGACUCCGUAGUCGGAAGUCCAAAGCUUUUUCUUUCUUGCUUUUUGCAAGUGGACUGGUGGUGACUGACUUCCUGGGUCAUCUUAUAAAUGGCUCUCUGGCUCUUUAUGUCUAUGCCUUGAAUAAAGAGUGGGAAAGCUUCGACCCCCAGCAGGUUCUUUGUGGGUUUUUCGGCGUUUGUAUGUCUUUUUUUGGUCUGAGUCCCCUGUUGUUUGGAAGCAUUAUGGCUGUGGAGCGCUGCAUUGGAGUGACUUGCCCACUCUUUCACAACACAAUUUUGACUUCCUAUCACAUAAACCGGCUGUUGCCAUUGACCUGGAUCAUAGCCCUGCUCGUGGCCCUGCUGCCAGUGUUAGUGUGGCGCCCGUACCAGGUACAGGACUCCCGUAGCUGGUGUUUCUAUCGUUUGGUAGGGGUACGCGACUGGCUGGAUAUGCUCCUCCCCAUGAUCUUCUCCGUGUUGGGACUCCUGGCUCUGCUCGUCUCCUUUGUGUGUAACAGUGUGACUGGAUUCACUCUUCUGUGGUCCAGAAUGCAGAAAGACUGCCGCUGCUCUCCGAAAAGUUCUCUCCACUCUGAGAUGAUAUGCCAGCUCCUUGCAAUCAUGACGGUAUCGUGUGUAUGUUGGGGUCCUUUUCUGGUUACAGUCAUUAUCACGAGCUUGCAAGAUAAAGGUGAAAUUGUGUACAGCCACCUGUUGUUGACUUUGCGACUGGCCACAUGGAACCAGAUUCUUGACCCGUGGGUGUACAUACUUCUGCGCAGGGCUGUUCUAAAGCGUCUUUGCCUGCUGGCACAGAGAUUCUACAGUCCAUGCCCAAAACAUAGACCAGAAUUUAGGUGGAGGUUUAGCACUCUGGGGAGUUCUGUGAGGGCGAGCAGCUCUGUAAGCAGCAGACCAGACUCCAUGUGCUUGAAGACAUGCUCAUCACAACCAGCAGGAAGUACGCGUGAGCUGGAGUGGAGGAGAGAAGUUUACCACGAGUAUAUUCUGGUUAGAGCGAAAGGUCCUGAAUGUUAA